AUGCGUGUGGGCCAGUUGCAGCGUCUGGGUGCUGCUGCAAUGGCCACGGCGAAGAAGGGCAAGCGCGCGGAGGUGAGCGACGUGCUGCUGGCGCACACCAACUGGUUACAGGAGCAGGAAGCAGCCGGCAGUGGCAAGCUCCACCGCAAGACAAGGGACAAGCCGAGGUGCGACAACGAGGUCAGGGACAGUGGAGUCACGGCCGCGAACAUGAUCGAGUACAUGGACGCCAAGGGCAGGCAUUGGCAGAAAAAGUGGACGAGUCACUUCAGCCGCGGGGCCAUCCUCGAGAAGCUGGCGAUCACCAGGGAGGCCGCGGCCGACGAGGGCUGGGAGGCCAUAGAGAUCGAGGACCUGAACAGCGCCAUCGAGUCGAUGGCGAAGAGCAAGGCGAAGGGGAUCGAGCAGAUGGGCGCGCUGACUUUCAAGUGGCUGCCGCCGAGCGCCAGGGAGGAGCCGCGCAAGCUGAUCGAGGAAAUCGAGAGGAUGGGCGCGUGGCCGCGGCAGCUCAUGGUCACGCUGGCCAGCCUGCUCAGGAAGGUCUACGCCGUCACCGCCCUGUGGGACCUAGCGGAGUUCUACGACACGUUGGAGCCCGUCCUCAUCCUGAAGGAGGGGCUUCGUCUCGGCAUCCCCGCUCGCACUUUGCACCUGGAGAUGCUGGGCCACCUGGGCGCGCGCCUCAUCAGAGAGAAGUCGGCGCACGCGGAGCCCAUCGCCCCCGACGGGUCCAUCUGCGCGGGCGCCAGGGGUGGCGUCGACUUCGGCAGAGUGGCGCUGUGCGCUGUGCUCGAGAAGGUCGGCGCGAAGUACGAGCGGGUCUACGCGCGGUCGUGGGUGGGCGACGUCGCGACCAGGGUGGAGGGCUCCAGGCGCGAGGUGGUCAGACAGCUGUCCAACGCGGGGGUGGACUUCGCAGCUGGCGUCAAGAAGGCGCGGCUGACGCUGUCCACGAGGUCCGCGCUCAUCGGGGGCGACAUGGACGUGGCGAAGGAGGUUGCGCUGAGGCUGCACUCGCGCAACAUCGCCGUGAAGGUUUUCGGGGUGGCGCCGGGCAACGUCACGAUGUGGAGGAGGAGGCUGGCUGGAGUCAUCGCCCCGAAGCUGCGAGGGCGGUGUCUCACCGCGCUCCUGCAUGUGGAGAUCGCGAAGGGUGGCCCUGCUUUCGGCGCCGCCUUCGCGUUGCUGGACUCCUGGAUGCGCGUCAUCAGCGACGGCGGGGGGCGCAAGAAGGCUGAGUUCAUUUGGCCGGGAGUGGUGAAGAUGGCCACCGGGACGGAGCCCAAGAAGUGCUGGAAGGGGUUCGCGGGCGUCACCAGGGCCAUGGUCAACGCGCUGGUGGACCUCGACUGGGGCCCAAAGGGCCCGUGGCACUGGGUGUCGGACGCAGGCGAGGAGUUCGGCGGCAGCGACCCCACGGGCUUGGAUGGCGACCUGGACACCAGCGACCUAAGACAGGCCCUCAGCGACGCGAUCGAUAAGCGGCAGUGGGUAUCAGCGGCCAAUCAUUACGCGGGCAAAGGGCUGGAGGGCGGCGCGGACUUGCGCUCGGCCAAAGCCCUGAUCCGCAAGUUCAAGGGUAAGGGCGGGCUUGGCAAGGUGGGGGCGCAGCUCGCCCUCUUCGCAGGAGGGGUGUGGCCGAGGCAGAGGGUCACUGACCUGGGCAUCGAGGUCAGUCCGCACCCGAGCGAGGACGGCCCUGGCUCCAGCGAGUGGUUGAUCGCGGCGGGGGACGCAUCGGGUGGCGAGCACACGGUGGGCCCAAGGCGCCAGAUUGCGCUGGCAGGAUGGAGGCAGAGCGUCAACAGGGGUGGGCUCGCAGCGCUGAAGGAGCUGCUCACAGCCGCCAGCGGAUACCAUAGGAUCAGGACGCACGUGGGGCUCUGGUGCGAGGUUCGCGAGCUGAUCAAGGGGAAGGAGCUGGACCUCUUGAAGAUCGAGAGCCACAUGAGCGCGAAGGACGCGGUCGACGCGGGCGUGGACCCCAUCGACUACAUCGGCAACGUCCUCGCCGACGAUUUCGUCGACGGCAUCAUCGAGCGGGUGCAGGUGGCCAGGACGCAGGCGCGCACGCUGGGCUUCGCCGAGGGGAUCGCCGCCCUCGUGCGGUCCCGCGGGCUGGCGACGCUCCAGGCCGCGAUAGAGGUGGAGCCGUCGGCAGGGCCGUCGCAGAAGGAGCGGAGAGACGCCAACGUCCAGCGGAAGCGGGGGGGCAAGCAGUUGGCGGAGACGAAGCACGUGAUCACGUACGACGUGGACGGCACGCACUACGGGCGCAGCAGGUGCGGUGGUCGAGUGCCCAUUCUCAAGGCGGCCGCGUGGCUCAUGGAGGAGUGCGUGCCCGUUGAGCGGACGAAGGCGAGCACCCACGGCGCGGCGUCCAGCAGGGCGCAGGUCGGCCACCAGAAGAUCCAUGCGAGCCACCUCGGCACGUACCACGACGAGCUGCGCCUGCACUACUGCCAGCGGUGCGGCUGCAUCGCGGGACAGACUGGGAGACAGAACCUGUCGCGCAUCGAGAAGGGCCUCCAGCCUGGGACGUCCAAGAUGGCGACGGAGUGGAACAACAGGAAACUGGGCAAGAGCAGCUCAAAUGCUACGAGGUGA